AGCUCAGUCCAACUCACGACAAUGACAGCACGAGCUCUGCACCUCUGGAUCGUCCUCGCGCUCCAGCUGAGAUGCGUCACCCUCCUUGCCAUCCCACGGGACGGAGAGACGGCAGAGCAACAGGAAAGUUUGGAUACGAAGACUGCGAACGAGAAGCUGGAUUCGUUAUUCCAUCUGAAGGAUUUACCUCGAGGUCCAGCGGUGGCGCCGCACAAGAAGGCACCGCAGUUUAUGUUGGAUCUUUUCAACGCAGUGACUGUCACUGACGGGACCCCGAGGAGUCAGAAAGAUAUCCUGGAAGGAAACAUAGUGCGGAGUUUUGAGGAUAAAGGUCACCCUGGAGAGAGGUUUCACUUCUUCAACUUGUCCUCUUUCGGCCGGGAGGAGAGAAUGAUCAAAGCAGAGUUCCGUUGGUUCAGAAAGAAACAAAAGUUUUACCUUGGAAAGUCAAACAGGGCUCAUUUCUAUAAGGUGGAUCUGUAUGAGGUGCUGGACAGCCGAGUGAAGCCAUGGAGAGGAAACCUCAUCACCUCCAGACUGGUGCCUCUCUACACCCAAGGGUGGGAAGUCUUCAAUGUCACUCAAACGGUGUCAAAGUGGAUCCACAACAGCCAAGAGAAUAACGGCAUCCUGGUGGUGACCACACUUCCCUCUGGUAACUGGAUGGAGUCAGUGGUGUCCUCCAAACAGCAUGGAGAGCUGGAAGAUACGAGUGCUUACCUGGUGAUAUUCUCAGAUGACGGGAGGACAGGCGCAUCCAACCAGUCAUAUCUAGGGCAAAUCCAACCUGCGGCAGCAUCAGAGCACGCCGGCCACCCGAGCAGGAGACGGCGGUCAUCUCCAGGACUCUCAUCACAGGGCCGACCCCAGUCCUGCCAGCGGGUUCCUCUGUUUGUUGACUUUGAGGAGAUCGGCUGGUCCGGCUGGAUCAUCUCUCCCAGAGGAUACAACGCCUACCACUGCAAAGGCUCCUGCCCAUUUCCACUGGGGGGAAACCUCAGAGCAACCAACCACGCCACGGUGCGCUCCAUCAUGAACGCGCUCAAGCUUUCUAGUGAUGAAGUAGGAGCACCGUGCUGCGUUCCUGACAAACUCCAGUCCAUCAGUUUAUUGUAUUUUGAUGAUGAGGAGAAUGUGGUUUUGAAGCAGUAUGACGACAUGGUGGCACUAAGCUGCGGGUGUCACUGACUGGCACUGACUCUUUAACUUUGGGACAAUGGAAAGAUGCUUUCAAACACUAUUUUCGUGCAUAUGU